AUGUCGCAACAGCAACAACAACGAAGCGCACCAGCGCCCUCACAAACACAAACCGAGACCCCGACGCAAACACCAGAAACAAGGGAACAGGCGCCUCAGAUCCUGAGACUUCGAGGCGCUCAUGCGUCCAAUGGGCGAUCCGUACAGUGGGCAGAGGACGUAGUAGAUAAUGAAGGUCUUGGACGUAAAAGCUCAAAAGUGUGUUGUAUCUAUCAUAAGCCGAAAGCCGUCGACGAAUCCAGCGACGAAUCUUCCUCCGACUCCGACUCAGAUUCAGACUCGGGCUCUGACCGCGACGGGGCCCAGCCAGCGGGCGGGAAGCGCCAAAGCUGUGGGCAUGGACACGAACACGGACACAGUCAUGGACGAGGGAGGAGAAAUGGAAAGGGAAAAGAGAAGAGGGCGCCGAGUCCGAAUGCGUACGAGAAGGUGCCCAAGCCAAAGCCCAAGGAUGGACCGCGGGAAAACAAGUCAUAG